CCUAAAGCUCAUUUUAAACAAAUGAAAACAUCAAGCAGUACCUUAUAUGACAAAGAUCAGGUUAAAAAGGCUACUCAUGCUUUAUGGGAAACUUAUAAUGAUCCAGAAAAACCAGCCUUUAAUCCAUCUCAAGAGCUCUGGCUAAACAUGACCAUCAAAGAAGCAAGUCCUCAACGUUCUUCAAAACCAAAGAAAAUCUCUCUUAAACACGCUAUAUUAAAUGAAAAAGACAAAGUGUGUUUGAUUACCAAGGAGUGUGAGACGAGAUACAACAAACUCUUGAAAAACGAAAAGAGUGGAUAUAUAGAAAAGAUUAUAGGUAUCAAUACUCUUGAAACCUCCUACAAAUCCCCUGAGUCUCGUUGCGAACUGGCGUCAAUGCUCUCCAUUUUCUUUGUUGAUAUUCGAGUUGUCGGACAGAUGAAAAAAGUACUUGGGGAGUCAUUCUUUGGACCAAACAGGGCACCAAUUCCGAUUGAAAUACCAAGGCCCAAGAAGAUCAACUCAACUAUCAUAAAACAUCUUAAAAUCAGCUCCAUAAUGCUAUCAAAUGGAGUUACACAAUCAGCAAAGGUCGGGAGUCUAAGAAUGGAUGAGAGAGAGGCAUUCGAUAACGUGUGUAGCGCUAUCCCUGGAUUUGUGAAUAUAAUAAAAGGUGGAUGGGAGAACAUAAUGAGCAUUACCUUAAAGACAGACAAAUCGCCAGAAUUACCCCUCUUUAUUAGCAUACCUGACAAAUAUGUGGGUGGCGAAGACAAAAAUAAAACAUAACCAAUCUAUGUAAGAGUAGCUAUCUUAAUAC